AUGUCCCUUGAGAUGUGGAGAUUUCUAAAGAGGCGCACCCAAGGAGAGGGUCUUGCACUGACCGAGUACUGGCUGGUGCGAUUUGUCUGCUACGCCGCUUUGUCAGCGCAGCCAAUUGUGCCUUCUGAGCCGUUCCCACUAGGCUCGAACAUACAAGUGGUCAACCUCCCUGCCGACGGAUACGACGCUCCAGCAGGCCUUCCAGUCACCGUCUCGGGCUGGGGCGACACCGCUCCGGGCUGGGGCAUGAACGGCUCCAGCGCAGUGUACCUGCAGCGGGCGGACAUGCACGUCGUGGACCGCGACACCUGCCGUGAAAUGAUGGCCGACAUCUCGCCAGUGACGAAGGGCAUGGUGUGCGCUGGGGACCCCACCAUGGCCGCCUGCCAUGGGGAUUCGGGGAGCCCCCUGGUCUAUGGGGACACCCAGAUCGGUAUUGUGUCUUGGAGUCGGCCGGAUUGCAUCAGUGCCACUGCCGUCUACGCCAACAUGGGCACUUUCCGAGCCUGGAUCAGGAACAACACAGGAGUUUAA